AUGCUUACAGUCAAGCUUGUCGUCAUCGGUGCUUCCGGCGUAGGCAAGACUAGUCUUCGUACUCAGUAUAUUUCUGGUCGAUUUUCGAAUAGUUACCGGGCUACUAUUGGCACCGAUUUUAUCACCAAGACAGUUCCUCAUCCUACGAAGAACGGUGAAUAUGUGACUCUUCAGAUAUGGGAUACAGCCGGUCAGGAGCGCUUUAGUAGUCUUUCGACAGCAUUCUUUCGUGGGGCAGAUGCGGUACUACUUAUGUUCGACGUAAACGCCUCUCAGACGAUGGAUGCACUGAAAAAAUGGUGGCAAGAAUUCCGUGAGGGCGCACCCUUGGCAGAAGAGGACGCGGAAGACUUUUGCUGCGUCGUGGUUGGGAAUAAGAUGGAUCUUGCCAAUGGAGAGCCUGCGGUCACUAGAGAUGAAGCUCAAUGUUUCAUUGAAAAGCUGAUUCCCUCAACGUCGCGGCCAGAGACACCAAUUAACCUCGACGUCGUAGAAGACGACGCCGAGGCGGAUGGUGGUGUCGAAUUAUCUUCUUCUCAAGUGACAGAACGUCCUAUGUAUUACCAUCCUCCUUCCUCCCCGCGUUCCAUACACUCUCACCAGCGCUCUUCGCCCUCACAUUCUCCUAACGGUCGAAUCACCAAGAGUCGCUCACUCUCUUCUUCUCGUUUCUAUGGCGGCACGAUGACGACAACCCACACGACACUUACUGUCUACCACACGCCUUCCUCGUCCCUCUUUGAUGUGUACCAAUCCGCGCGCUCGUCACCAGAACCACCGUCCAACCAGUCAUCCCCACAAGCUUCAGUGCAACGCCCCCGGCGAUUGACGAACCUGUCUACAGGGAGCGAAAGCAGCACGAGUGUUGUUACCAUGACGCCCAGUUUGUUUGCCCUGGAACAGUCUUCAUCGACGACGAUGAAUACGACACCGGAGCCGUCCGUGGCGUCCGUGCCGGAUCGAGGGCCGAAGCUCUUUUACACAUCUGCUAAGACUGGUGAUGGUGUUUCGGACGUGUUUGAAUAUAUUGCUCGGCGUGUGGUCUCACGAUGGGAAUAUGACGAGCGGAUAGAGGCUCGGCGGCUGCGUAUCCGCGAUGCUAGUGCGGCAGAUACCAUUCGGCUGGGAUUGGAGAGAGGGACGGAUAGGAGCGGCCAUUCAAGAUGGGGAGAUUGCUGUGGUUCAUGA